AUGGCGCCGUCGCAGCUGAAGCAGCUAAAGGCGUCCUUGCGGGAGAAGGGCGUCGUUGGCCCUCAGCAGUCCAAGAAGCAACGACAGAAAAACUCCAAGUCUGGCGCCGCAGCCGAUAAUCGCAUAAAACGAAAUGCUGCCCUCCAGGCGAUACGGGAACAGUUUAAUCCUUUCGAAGUCAGAGCUCCUGCGCGGCCGUCUAAAUUUGCCGUCACUACUGCAAGGCAGGAGGCGAGCUCGGCGCAUCGACCUGGCGUGACAAGAGGACUUGGAGAGGAGAGGAGAAAACAAACUCUUCUCAAAGAACUUCAAAGUCGAAAUAAGGUCGGUGGCCUUCUCGAUCGGAGAUUUGGUGAAAAUGACCCUUCCAUGACACCCGAACAACGAGCAGCGGAGCGUUAUGCGAGAGAGAGUCAGAAGCGAUCCAAAAAAGAAGGAUUGUUUAACCUCGAAGAUGAUGAAGAAGAGGAAAUGCAACUCACCCACAUGGGUCAAUCGCUUUUUGAUGUUGAUACAGGGAAGGACGACUUCAACGAGGAUCUUAGCGGCCUAGGAGAUGAGAGUGACUCGGAAGUGGGCAAAAAGAGAAAACGCAUACUGGAGGAAGUAGAUGAUAUGGAUGGAAUGGCUGAUGACGACGAGGACGAAGAAGAUCAGCCAGAGAGGAAGAAGAGCAAAAACGAAGUCAUGAAGGAAAUUAUCGCGAAAUCGAAACAGUACAAGUAUGAGCGCCAAAAAUCCAAAGAAGACGAUAACGAGCUUCGAGCUAUUCUGGAUCAAGGCCUGCCAGAUGUGUUUGCGAUGAUGAGAGGUACAAAAGCAGCAGAACCCAAACCCGCGCCGGCACCAGUCCCAGAGCCUCCUCAGAUGGACCCCGACCGCGCUGCCCUACUCGGUGGAAAGGAUAGAGAUGUGGCAGAUCGCGAGUACGAUCAACGGCUCAAGCAGAUGGCCUUCGACAAGCGUUCGAAACCUUCUGACCGGACCAAGACACAGGAAGAGAAAAUUGAAGAAGAGGCUAAGCGGUUGCAGGAGUUAGAGAAUGAACGGUUACGACGCAUGAGGGGUGAAGAGGAAAGUGAUGAAGAGCAGGCAGACAAUACUGUUGACGAGGAGAUCCAGGAUGAUUCUGAGCCCGACGAUGCCAAAGCAUUCGGACUUGCUCAAACUGAGGCGUCAAACGGCUUAUUUGGCGUUGAGGAUGAAGAUGACUUUAUCAUUGACGACGACCUUGUGGAUAACGAAUCUGUCGCCCAUGUGUCUAUUACUGAGAGUGAAGUCGAAUCGGAAGAGGAAGAAGACGAUGCCGACGAUACCGAGUUCAUUGGUGACCUAGAACUUCCUAGAGACAAACCAUCGACAUCGAGCGGGACUACACCUAAAGCACCGAACGACUCUUCACUAGCAUUCACCUAUCCUUGCCCUGAGUCGCAUGACCAGUUCCUACAAACUCUGAAGGGAGUUGAUGUCGAAAAUACCCCCGUUGUUGUGCAAAGGAUACGCGCGCUGCACCAUGCAAGCCUCCAUCCUGAUAACAAGGCAAAACUCGGAGAGUUCUCCAAAAUUCUUGUUGACCAUGCAGUAUACCUUGCAAAUCAGCCAUCCGCACAACUAUCUUUUACCAUUAUAGAGAGUUUACUACGACAUGUUCACUCCAUGGCCAAAACUUACCCUGAAGAAGUUGCAACAAGGUUUAGAGCUCAACUCCGCGACAUUUCGGAAAAUAGACCGCUAGAACUGCUACCCGGAGACCUUGUUUUACUUACCGGGAUUGCAACAAUAUUCCCUACGUCUGACCAUUUCCACGCCGUUGUCACACCAUCAAUCCUUACUAUUGGCCGCUACCUAGGCCAAGGGCCGGUCAAUUCCUUGAAUGAUAUUGCGACCGGGUCAUACAUUGCCAGUCUUUGUCUUCAGUAUCAAGCAUAUGCUAAACGAUAUAUACCCGAGUUCAUGAAUUUCGUCCUGAACUCCCUAACCAUCCUUGCACCAAAGGAAAGCAAAUCCAACCCCGGUUUUAUUCCCGUCCGAACCCCUGAAGCUCAGUUCCGAUUGAAAUUGGAUAAGCUUUCCUCCAAGAACCUUCAGAAACUCCGUUUUUGGGAUAUUUUUGCUACAGACCUAGAAGGUAGCGAUGCCGAGAAUCUCAAGUUAUCCCUUAUUAACAUAUUGGUUACCCUCCUUGAUAAAGCCGUCGACUUAUGGGGCUCCAAGCUGUCUUCUUUUGAGAUUUUUGAGCCCGCAAGCUCCGUUCUACAACAGCUUAUUGAAUCCUGCCCCAAAGGCACACUCCCGUCCAGUCUAUCAACUCACCUCCGCCGGUCCCUUAAGACAAUCAAAGCGCUUCUCAUUACUUAUAGGAAGGACAGGAGGCCAUUGCUGCUACAUAACCACCGGCCGCUUGCGAUCAAAUCAAGCAUUCCCAAAUUCGAAGAAUCCUUCAACCCAGAUCGACAUUACGAUCCUGACCGUGAGCGGGCAGAGCUUAGCAAACUCAAAGCAGAGCAUAAGCGCGAGAGGAAGGGUGCUAUGCGCGAAUUGCGGAAAGAUGCUAACUUCAUUGCUCGCGAGAGCUUGCGUGAGAAGAAGGAGAGGGAUGCUGAGUAUGAGAAGAAAUAUCGCCGUCUUGUGGCGGAGAUACAAGGGGAAGAAGGACGAGAGGCGAAGCUAUAUGAGAAAGAGAAAAAGGCGAGAAAGCAGUCGCGGAAGUAG